AUGUUCCUUUUAAUCAUUACCCUAAUACUUGGUCUCUUUCACGGAUCAAGAUCCCUCCAGCCAGUACCACCUCAAGGAAAUGCUGGUGCCUGUGCUAGCUAUAAAUUUGGAAAUCUUCUCUAUUUGGGGCCGGCAAAGACGAUGACCCAAAUGAUGGCAAAUAUCCAUUGCGAAAUUGCUUUGUUGAAGAGAGACGGUCGAAUCACUGCCUUCAGGGAUCGACGACUCAAUACAGGCUUCGGAAACAUUUGCUUCCCGGAGCAACGACGUGAAAUGAUGGCCACGUCAGCGAUGGUUCCAUUCACUGGAUGGAGGGACAAGGAGAGAUUCUUCAUCUGGAGAGAUCCCGUCGAUCGUUUCCUUUCCAUAUAUGCACACAUGUGCGAACGAGAGCAUUUGUGUGGGGAGGCCGGCAAAAAUGUGCACACGUUUGCCCGUGGUGUCUAUCGAAUAUUGAAGGAUGGGAAUUUUCCACUCGGCGCAAGGGAUCAGCCACGUUUGAGACAUCAUAUCAGUCCACAAUCUUGGUACUGCGAUAUCUCAAAACAUCACAAAACGGAUAAAGUCAUCGAGUACACAAAUAAUCGGGGUUUGAUGAAGAAACGACUUGUCAGGGUCUUCCGAUCAACGGACAUUCCUCGAUGGAUUUGGCAGAGAGCUCUCCGGCGAAUUGUGCGCAAAGACAGCCAAGUCAAUCUGAAUUCCCAUCGAAAGUACAAUGGACACCCCGUCACUUCCCUGCAUUUGCCCACCCACACGGGCCUCAUCGAGGCCACGACCACCACCAUGCGAAGAGCAGCUCGAGUGAAGAGGCACAAACGGUACGUCGAACGGCAAGAUUGUCACUUUUUUGAUCACAUACUGCAUCAAAAUUGGAAAUUUGCAUGGGAAGCCGGUCGAAAA